UUCAAAAAUGCGAGGUAAAAAUCAAAAAGAAGAAAAAAAAAUACUCAACUGCAUUUGUGAAGUCAAUAUUGAUGGAAAAAUGGCUUUAGUGUCUUUGUACGAUGAUCUUCCUCAUUUUGAAUAUGACCUGACAAUUGAUAAUUUGAAGAAUUCAGUUACAAAACUAAAAACAUUUGUUCAAGAAUUGAAACAACGUAUACAAAAAUUGGAAAGUGAAAAUAAUCAUUUCAAAACUGUCAAUAAAGUAUUGACUAAAAAUAUUACAUCAUUAUAUAAAACUGCUAGCAUUGAAAUCCAAAGAAAGGAUAAAAUGAUUGAUGAUCUCCGCAAAAGUCAAAUUGUUCCAUUGCCAUCCACAUCAAAAAUGUUUUCUUCUACAAAUAGUUUUCAAAUAGAAAAUACUAAAGUCAAUAAAUUAUCUGAAAGCAAGAAGAAUACAGAACAAAUUAAGAAUACUAUAGAAGAUACAAAAGUACCAAAUCAAAAUAAUAAUGAUAAUAUUACGACCAUUGUCAUCAAGCCUAACCAUGAUAUUCCUAAAACAGUUUAUUAUAAAAGAAUGUGUCAAAAAUUAGCUCAACAAAAUUAUACCAUCAAACCUAAAAAUCAGACAGAACAGAUAGAAAAUAAAAAUACUAAUGAUAAAAUAAUGCAAGAUAAAAAUGAAGAAAUUAAUAACGAUAAAAAUACAUUAAAAGAAAUUUCAACUUCUCCUAUUCAUAAUGAAUCUGAAGAUAUUAUUAAUUCUACACUAGUAAUUUUUGAACCCGAUAUAACACCAAGUGACYGUGAACUUGAUAUUACUCAAGUUAUUCAAUGUAACAAUCAAGAGAAAAAUAAAGAAAAUGUUUCCAUAGAUUCAUUUGGUCCAAAAUUAAAACAACCAGCCAAAUUGAAAAAAAAAUUAAUCAUAACUCCAGCUACUAUUGGUGUUCAUAAUACACUAAAUACAGCUAAAACUUUGAAAUGUGCUAAAAAAAUAAACCAAAUAAACUGUUUAGCUUCAACAACACAAUCUGAGAUUACUAAUUCACCUGAAAAACCAAUAAUAAAAUCUUUAAGUAAAGAUGGUCUACCGACAUCUAUUGAAAGUAGUUUUCCUGAAUAUGAUGCAAAAAUAGAAGAUAAACCAUUUACUACAGACAUACUUCAUAACCAGCAAUUAUUCACUUCUGAAAAAAGUAAUCAAACMCAAUCUAUAAAUAUUGAAGUUGAACAAUUCCCUAUUAGAAGAAAAAAAAAAGUUAUAGAAAAGGAUAGUAAUACUCUUGCAUUAAUUAAUACGAAAAAAUGUUCACAAAUAACUGUUACUCAUUUGGAUCCAUCAAAUGACAAUGAAUUUAACAAUUCAAUAGAAAAUGUUAAAUGCUUGUCUACGAAUAAUGAUAGAGAAUCAUCAAGUCCAUCUCAACAAAAGAAUAAUCAAUCAAAAUGCAAUUUAAAUAUCCUUGGUUGUGCAAAUAGUAUAUCAGAAUCUAAACACUUGAAUAAUUUUUGUAAAAGUUCCUCCAAAAAUACUACUAAAACAAGUCCCACUAAUAAAUCUGUUGUAUCAUCUACCAAUAUCGAAAAUAAACAAGUUUCAAUUACAAGAACAACUAAUGCAUUAAAAAGGAAWAGUUAUACUUUAAAUAAAUCUAAURAAGUCACCCAAGAAUUAUGUAUUAAAGAUCAUAAAAAUAAGUAUGACUCAAAUACGCAUGAUAAACAACUUUCAACAGAUACACUUCAUAACCAAAAGUUAUCUACUUAUGAAAACCAAAAACAAAUAUUGUCUAAUAAUACUGAAGUUGAACAAGUUCCAGCUGUAAGAAAAACAAAAGUUUUAGAAAGCGACAAUAAUACUGUAAACAAAUUCAAGAAGAUCACUCAGGAACCAUGUAUUAAAAAUUAUAAGAAUAAGUAUGACUCAAAAAUGGAUGAUAAACAACUUUCAAAAGACAUACUUUGUAAUCAAAAAUUACCCACAUGUGAAAAAAUAAAUCAAAAUCAAGUAUCGUCUAUAAAUAUUGAAGUUGAACAAUUUCCUAUUAGAAGAAGAAAAACAGUAAUAGAAAAGGAUAGAAAUUGUAUUGAUUUAAGCAAUGUGGGAAAACGUGCAUGUGUUACUUAUAUGAGUUCUUCAAUCGACAAUGAUUUUAACAAGUCCCCUGAGAAUGUUAAAUUUUUGUCGAUUAAUAAUGAUAAAAACCCAUCUAGUCCAUCUCAAAAAAAAAAUAAUCAAUCAAAAUGUAAUUUAGAUACCCUUAAAUGUGCUGAUAGUUUAACAGAAUCUAAACAUUUAAAUAAUUCUUGUAAAAGUUCCUCUAAAAAUACAUCUGUUGAAACAAGUCCCACUGAUAAAGCUGUUAUACCAUCCAUCAAUAUUGAAGUUGAACAAGGGUYUGUUUUUAGACAUUCUAAUAGAAGAAAAGUAAUAAUGCGUUCAACUUCUGACGAUAAACAAGAAACAAAGAAAGGAAGACGUGUUCAGUUGAUAACUAUAAAAGAUCAUUAUUCAAAACCAGAGCCUAGUUUUAAUGGUGCUAAAAAAACUGAAAUUGAUGUUAGCAAAAAUUCUAUUCUCUCAGAAAAAGUAGUUGAAAGUAGUAGUCACUUUUAUGUACCACAAGUAAAAAGAAGAAGAACUAUGAACUUUGGCAGUGCUGAUUCAUAGUUUUUUAAUUUUUCAUAUUUCUAACAACUAUUAUUAAUUAUCUUAUUCUCUAUUUUCUCAUCU